AUGUAUUGUAAUGGUGAGGAAAAUUGUACUGAAGGAGAUGAAAGCCGUGCUGAACAAUGGCAGAAUUACAUGAAAACGAAAAAAGCUAAACUUCAGUAUCAGGUAAAUGUAUUGGAUAAGCACGAGAAUAUUUCCUGUAUUUUUAAAGGCAUCUCAAUUUUCGUUAAUGGUUAUACAGAUCCACCAGCAGCAGAAUUACGAAAGUUAAUACAUUUGCAUGGUGGAGAAUUUCAUAUUUACUACAAAUAUGGCACUACAACCUAUACAAUCGCCACUCAUUUAGCCACUGAUAAAGUGAAGAAACUUCGAAAGGGAGAAAAAAUCAUUCAUCCAAGAUGGCUUACUGAUAGUGUGAAUGCGGGAAUUCGAUUACGUGAAGACGAUUAUUUAUUGUAUAAAGAUGGCGCACUGCAAACAGCCGUAGCAAAACGUCUUGCAGUUGGAAAUUUUGGCACCUCAAAAGUAGCACAAUGUGCUGCGAAUGAUCCAAAUUUUGUGAAUAACUUUUAUGAAAGAUCUCGUCUGCAUUUAAUUUCAACUUUGGCGCAGGAAAUGAAGCAUUAUGUAAACGAGCUAAGAGAAAAUCAAACUAAUAAUUUUCCUUCACGGAUACGCCUACAGCAUUUGGUUGAUGAGAACUUUGCUAAUUCUCCAAAAGAAACCAUUUGUCAUAUCGAUCUGGAUUGUUUCUUUGUAUCGGUAGCAUUAAGAACUCAUCCAGAAUUAAUUGGGAAACCAGUGGCAAUUACUCAUUCAAGAGGUACAGAGGGUGCUGGUAUGUCUGAAAUUGCAUCAUGCAGUUAUGAAGCUCGAACACGAGGUGUUCGUAAUGGUUGUUUUAUUAAGGAAGCUCGGAAAGUAUGUCCAGAUCUCAUUUGUCUUCCUUAUCAAUUCGACGAUUAUCGACACAUUUCGAAGGAAAUUUAUGCAGUUUUAUCAGGGUAUACGCUAAGUAUUCGUGCUGUAAGUUGCGAUGAGAUGUAUGUUGAUUUGGAAAGCUUAUGUAAGGAGAUGCAUAUAGCAAAUGUAAUGGAGAUUAUAUCUGUAAUACGAAGUGAAAUUUUAACUAAAACAGGCUGUAAUGCUUCUGUUGGUAUUGGAAAUACAAUGUUAAUAGCUCGUAUAGCAACUCGGCAUGCAAAGCCGAAUGGCCAAUUUAUGAUUAAAGUGGGUGAUAUUGACGAAUUGAUCAAAAAAGAAAAAAUUUCAUCUUUACCCGGAAUUGGCUACAAUAUUUGCGCAAAACUUAAAAAUGCGUUUGGGGAGAUGAAUUUAUGUGAGGAUUUGCAGAAAGUGCCCAUUAAUCGUUUGCAAAAUGUUCUUGGUGAAAAAAUAGGAACUCAGAUAUACAAUAUGUGUAGAGGAGUGGAUAAAGAAAGGAAUUUUUUGGAAAAAGUUGUUCGCAAAUCUAUUUCGUGCGAUAUAAAUUAUGGGAUCCGGUUUACAAAAGAAGAUGAAGUAAUGGAAUUUCUUGGAAAAAUGUGCUCAGAAUUGGAAAAAAAACUUCAUAUAGCCCGAAUGACUGCAUCUACCAUUACUCUUAGAUUACUGAUUCGAGCAUCAGAUGCACCUCUUGUAACAGAGAAAUAUUUGGGAUGCGGGAAAUGUGAUGCAAUUACAAGAACAGCUCAUGUAAACGGUGCUACUGCAAAUAAAGCAGUAUUACAUGCAGAAGCAAAAAAACUAAUGAAAGCAAUAAAUCCGAUUAUAAGCGAUUUAAGAGGAAUUGGUAUUCAACUAACACAUUUAAAUGAAAUACCAAACAUUUCGGUCGAUGAGCAACCCAUAAACAGAAAUACGCUAACACAAUUUUUUUCUGUGAAAAGCAAAGGACAGCAACAUAUUGGAAAGAAAAAAAUAAAGAAUGAAGAAGAUAUUGCUUUAGAGUUGGCACUAAAGAAGUCACUUAAAGAAAGUAGACGAAAUCGUCGGUAUCAUAAAACAACCAUCCAUCCGGAUUAUCGGAAUUAUUUCGAAGAUGAAGAUGUAAAAGCUGAAUUUUUACGGAUAUUGCAGCAGCAUAAAUAUCCAACAGCUGAAGUGGUAUCGGAAAUGGCAACAUAUUUUAGUUUAUUAGUAAAAAACGGUGAUCUAAGUGAUGUUUUAUCACAACUUAGGUUUUUGCAACGUGAAACAAUGAACUUUUCAUUGGAAUGGAUUACUGUAGUAUCCUCCUUAAAAUUUUCAUUGAAUCGUCUUUGUGAUACAAUAUAUGGUUCUUUAUUAUUUCGUUAG